AUGGAAGCUCUUCCGUCUGCUGGGUCGAUCUCCUCCGAGGCGUCCUCAUCUGUUCUCGUAUGGAAGCUCUUCCGUCUGCUGGGUCGAUCUCCUCCGAGGCGUCCUCAUCUGUCGGCCGCGUCCAAAAGAGUUUCGCAGGGCUGCGUUGGUGGAGUUAUCAAGUUUGACACGGUGGUUGGUUACCACGGAAAUCAUAGCCACGAUGACAUGCUGCUGAAAACCUGGACUCUCUCACCCGGCCACAAGGAGUGGGAGUUGUGUACUCUCUCACCCGGCCACAAGGAGUGGGAGUUGUGCAACACACUAGCUGUGCCUCAUCUUUGGGCAAGCGAUAGCUUUCGCGAGAGAAAUCUGCCACAGCUUAAACCCUUUUUCCCUAUUAUCAGUCCAGAUGAUGCUGAAAUUGUUAAUGUCACGCGGAGUGAUAUCGAAUAUGAGAAGAAGGUCGAUUUUUUUGGAAAGGUUCACCGGGGCCGAAUGUUGCUCAAAGCCCAAUACUUGGUCUCCAUCAACACAGUGAAAAACAAGGUUCUCUCUUCCUGCAAACUAACUCAUGAAUAUCCAAGACCAAAAUUUCUUGAUCUCACCGCUAUAGUGAUUUGA